CAGGGGGCGCGGCGCUCUCUCGGAUGGGGGAGCCGGGGCGGGGCGGUGGCGCGGGGCCGCGUCGCGGGCGCGUCGCUCAUUGGCUGGCGCGGGCCGGGCUGCUCGCGGGGCGCCGGUUCUUAACGCUCGGUGCGGGGCAGCGGGAGCGCUUUGCCGGGUGGGCUGCUGCGAGCCGGGCUGCUGCCGCCGCCGCCGCUGCUGCGCGACAUGAGCGAGAGACAAGGAACCGGAGCUACAAAUGGAAAAGAGAAGACAUCUGCUGAGAAUGAGGAAAAGGUACCAGAGCUAGCUGGCGUCUUUAAGAUGGAGAAGCCUUCACACUUAACACUCCUGUUACAAGUGAAUCUGCCUAGUGCCUGCAUGCAACUUGGGAAACUUGUCUGCUGGCAAAAGCUUACUGUAUUGUCAGGAAAACCAGGUUCAGUGAGAACAAAGAGGCUGAGUGAAAUUGCCUGGAAGAAUGGAGUCUGUAAAAUUAAAGGGGGGGACUCCUCAUGCCUUCCCCUGCUCCAGUGUGGGGCCACUCCCAUGGGGGACAGUAUUCCUCAAACUGCUCUAGCUUUGGGUCCCUUUCACGGGGUGCAGUCCUUUGGAAACUGACUGCUCCAACUUGAGUUGGAUCACGAGUCCUACAGCAAACCUGCUCCAGCAUGGGCCCCUCUUUCUGUGGGGCCACAGGUCCUGGCUGGAGCCUGCUCCAGCACAGGCUUCCCAAGGGGUCACAGCCUUCCUUGGUCAUCCCACUGCUCUGGUGUGGGGUCCUCCAUGGGCUGCAGGUGAUAGCUGCUUCACCAUGGACCUCCAUGGCUGCAGGCGGACAGUCUGCCUCAUCAUGGUUGUCCUCACAGGCUGUAGGGGAAUCUUUCUUUGGCACCUGGAGCACCACCUUCUUCUUCACUGACCUUGGUGUCUGCAGA